AAAUAUCAAAAGAAUAUUUACAAGCCAAAGGAUACGGAGAAGAGCGGGUUAGCGCACCGGAAAGUUUUUCAUGCUGCACAAACCAAGAGGACCCACCCUGGUGAGAGGCGUUGGAUGGGAAACAGUAGGCUGAGAGCCCUGGAGAUGAGGCUGACAAGCUGAUCAUUGUGUUAAAGUUGGAUGAAGAGGGUUGGGUGUGGAUAACCGUUGUGAAUUUGAGAUCAGGGCAUGGCCGGCAAGCCAUUCCGGGCCACCUACAUCUGGAGCAGCAUCAUCGCCAACCUCCAGCAGCGGGUCGAGGUCAAGCGCCGCCGCCACAACCUCAGAACCUACCAUGACUGUUUCCUGGGGUCGGAGGCCGUCGAUGUGGUGCUGGCUCACGUCAUCCAGUCACGUUUCUGCGGCGACGCCGAGGUGCCCCGCUCCAAGGCUGUACGCCUGUGCCAGGCCCUGAUGGACUCGCGGGUGUUCGAGGCAGUGGGCACCAAGGUGUUUCGGAAUAAGGACAAGAGUCGUGCCACCUUUGAAGACAGUAGCUGUAGUCUGUACCGGUUCCUCCCGGUUCCAUUCAGUGGCACUACCGUAACCAGCUCCCACUUGACCAGCGGCAAUACCAUCAACUGCCGAUACGACUCACCAAGUAAACCAGAAAACUGCUACGGCCCCCCUCUUACACGGCAAGAGGAUCAGAACUCCCACAACAAUUCACCGGUCAAAACCGACAAAUCCCUAGAGGAUGUGUUGGGUAGCCUCAACAUCACCUCCACAAUCACCCCACAGAUGAUCACCCUAGGUCUCUCACAGGAGUUGAUGGACGAGGUGUGGCGUCAGCAGACUGUGUUCAGGUUGCUACAGCUGAUAGAGCUCCCCCUGCUGGAGAGUCUGUUGGAGGGCGAGGAGCGACCCAGGCCCCCUCUACAUGGCAUGGACAGCGACCCAGACCUGCUCUACACAUCCAGCUUCCUGGACAGAGAGGUCCUCAAGGCCUUCAGCGAAGCGCAGGCUGACGAGUGGUUCUCCACUGCGGUGGACUGCCUGGAGUUCCUGCCGGAUGAGCUGGUGGUGGAGGUGAGCCGGGGGCUGCCCCGCUGCGGUGACGACCAGGACCAGUGUAAGAGGCUGCUGUACAGGAUCCUGGCCCAGCACUACAGAGAAACACAGAAUCCUCCGCUCCUCAGCAACCACGUUUUUGACAUCCACUCCGGCAUCUCAGAACUGCUGGUGAAUGGGAAGAGAGAGCAGGCUUUGGAGGCCCUACAGCUGUGUUUGAAACUACAGGACUCUCGCAGUAAAGAGGAGCUGCGCAGAUUGCUGCGAUUCAUGUCUAUCGCUGCCAAACCACAGGAGGUCAAACUGCACCAAGAGAUAGAGAACAGGAUGGCAGUGAAGAGAUCUUUCGCAAGUGCCAUUGUCUACAGUGCGAGAUUGGCCAAGGGCAAGGUUGAUCUACUGGUGCUGUUUAUGGUGGAAAACCACUGUGACGUCUUCAAGAUUCCAGUGUCGUUGCACAAGCUGGUUAGUGACCGACUGACCAACAUUGUGAAGGGGACAGACCCAGAAGUCCUGACAGACUCAACGUAUUGCCACAGAGUUAGUGGGAAAGCAUACUUGGAGAACAAACAGCAGACUACCAAAGAGGAGCUAUGGUCUCUACUGAAAACAAUCCACGAAAACCCCAAACUGUCCAACAAAGAAAAGAGAAGGUUGCUAGGACAGUUCUACAAGGGGCAUCCUGACAUUUUUGUCCAGUACUUUGGAAGCAGAUUUGGAAGUGAUGAUAUGUUGUGCUAACUAUGGUAUAACCUAUGUAUUAUGUGGAGAAACAGACAGGCAGUUUAAGCUGAUGUACAUUUUGUAAAUGCGCUGUGAAUAUUAAUAUUAUUUACUUUGACCAUGUGAUGAAAAAAAUUACAAUUGUGAACGCUUGAAUAAAACGAGCGGAAGUUCA